UAGAGUUUAAAGGAAUUAUAGCGUGAUGGUCGUCAUGAACUCUCUAUAUUACAGCUUUUUUCAACAAGUGCUGCAAAGAAAAUGCCAUGUCAUGGAGCGGAUUGGCAUCUUUAAAGAAUUGGGAUACAUAUCAAUAGGGGACAAAUAUACGCUUUUUAUAGCCUUUAAAUAUAGAACGUUUGCAGCCAACAUAGGUUUAAAUAAAGGCCCAUUUAAUGACUCCACAUACAAGAACAAACAGAUGCUAUCAGGAGGAGUUAAAUCAAAGAGCGCACUCCCUGCGGAAUACUUCGAAACACAGUUUAAGAGGAUAUUUGAGAGAGAGAGGCGCUCACAGACCCUGAGAACAAAGUUGCACCUGAUCAAGGAUAUUUCAUUAGGGAGAGAUGUGAAGUGGGAAGCUAUUAUGGGACAUUUGAAAGGCCCCAUUCAAGCAAUAAGUGCCCUACAGAAUCCAAGGAAACCAAACAAAUCACCUGGAAAAAACUCUUACACAAGUCCACCCAAGAAGGGAAGUGGUUACAGCUAUCCUGACAUCACCCUCUCCAAGAUGGUGUCCCAUUCCUCAGACCCCUAUGACAGAGCCAAGGAAAUGCUAAAGACUGGAGGCAUGAAAGCAGGAACAUUUGGUUGCUACCCCACCUACUUUGCAGAACCCCAUGGUACCAAAAAGACCAAUUCAGCAAUGACGAAUAAGGAAGUCAAAAUAUUUCACCUCUCCCCUGGUCUAAAGAGCACACCUGUCAAGAUCAUCAUCAGUCUCAACAUCAAAAAGGCUGUGAGUUCCACAAACUAUAAUCGAAUCCCCUCUGUGAUGGCAUAUUGAGAACUUGUGAUGUCUUCAGGAAAGAAAAUCAUAUGGGUUUGGAACAACAUAAGAUGAGACUUCAAGUCUACGUUGUACACCUGGAGGUUCCAAUUUCCAUACUGUGGCCAAAACCAGUGCUGCAGCAGAAAAAUAUACUUUCUAGACAUGUUAAUUGUUAGUAAAUACCACAGUAUUCUUGGAAGAAUCUUGAUGUAUCAUUGUAUAUUAAUAAGGCAAUCAUCAAAAUACUAUUAUACCAUCUGAUACCAGUAAAUCACUGUAAUGUGGUAACACCUAUUUUCUGUUAGGACAAUUCAUAUUUUGUAAGACCUGCUCUUAUGCUUCUAAUCAGUGAGUAUGGGAAGUAUCUUUUUAUGACGACCUGUCCGUUCUCUGCUGUGUUUUUUCCACAAUUUAUGGAGAAUGUCAGAACUGGCAUUCCACUAAUGAUAUAUGUAGGUAACAUACCGAAUUAGUUAGAGGAGGCAGUUUUCAGUUUUAGUCAGGUGGCGCCUUAGGACCGUCUUAGCCUUCACCAAAAUGCACAAACUUUGUAGUUGCUGAGCAUAAAUCUAACAUGCCUCUUAUUCAGUUCAGAAUAACUUUAUCUUUGAAAUGGGGCACUUUCACCACCAUAUAUAAGUAUUAGUCAA